GAGAUGUGGAGGCUUGCUUAGUCAACAUGAUAUCUGCUGCUGCAGCUUGUACUAGUAGUGGCAGAAAGCUGGUAACUCUGGUUUGACUAUGGAAGUAAUUUGGUGUAAUUAAUUUUUUUCUCCUUUCAUGCUAUGCAUAGAAACUUAUGGUUGGGACUAAGAGUAUAUAUUCUUAUAAAGAAGUGUCUGAAUGGCAGUUAUUAUUGUUAGAACAUUGCAAGUUGUAUUUUUCAUAUACAAGAAAAGGCAAAAAAUUACUUUCUUUAUGACUAACUACUUUCAACUAACUUUUAAAGGGUUGACUUAAACUGUAUUAUUCAUUUAUGCUGUUAUUUUUUACUGUGGACAGACACAGCAUAUUAAACUAAAACAUAGUUUUACUUGGUUUGGGUAUAGUAUUCUGGUGAGCUCAGCCACUCAACAAACCAGUAUUAUGUAUGAAACAGGUCAUGGAAACAUGCUUAUGAUGAGAGUUUAAACCCAUUUGGAAGCAUUCCAUGAAUCUGCAUUUUCAGAUUAAAAGUUGAUGCUGGUGUCUUAAGUUGUUCACCUUUUUCUUAUCUUUACUCAGUUGGCACAUAGCAGCUCUUGAAAUUUGAUCCUGACGCUUAAGAACUGGAAAUAUUUUUCCAGUUUUGUUUAAUAGUAAUUGGUGAGUAUCAAGAUGAAAAACGUAUGCCAUUCUUAUUAGCUUUAUGGAAAUAUAGUAGGAACUUGGAAUGUAGUUAAGAAUUUCCUCUAACUCAAUUCUAACUUGCAAUUCAUUGGCAAAUGCUAUUUAUACAGUCUUCUUCACCCUUCGUCUCCAAAAUGUAUGUGGCUAGUGGGGUAUCUUUAAAACACAUAAAGUUGAUGUACACAUUAAAAGGUAAAGUUAUAAAUUCAGAUUGAUUUCUAGAGACCUCAUGAAUGUGUGCAAGUUGUUUUCUUGGUCACAGUAUAGAAGUGGUUUACCAGUGCUUACUUUUGGGGCUGCUAUUGUCUUCCAACGACAGUUUUGGACUCCUGUGAUGAUCUCCCAACCAAGUAUUAAAUAAGUCUGAUCCAUUUAGUUUUUAAGGUAAGCAAAGAUUGACUAUGCUAGUUCCGUGCAAAUCAUUUAGUGAGAGCUUCCUUAAUGAGUAUAACACUCUAUUGGAUCCAUUUUAAUUUUUUUAAAAAAACCUAGUUAAUUGAAGGGUCAAGACAGCAUGUUUGAGAUGCUCUUAAGAUCUGCAGGGCAUCUAUAAGGGUUAUUUUCACUCAGGAUGCGAUUGUGACUGUCAGUGUAGAAAAUUUGCAGAUGGGUAUAGAACUAACAUCCCAUGUGCCAGUUGUAUACAGCAGGGGCUCUGUGAAUGUGUACUAAUAUAUUCACAUUGUGCAAUGGGCAGUCAAGAAAGAAAAUAGCCCAACUUGGUUAAGGAUUUGGCCAUUAUAUUAGUGAUUCAGUAUCUGUGAAAGCACAAUCCCUUGUAGUGUUUCCUACAUUAUGACAGCAGUCUUCUUUAUCCUAUAGCCUGUAGGAGGAGUUGUAUCCUCAACUUUCAUUUGGUGAGCAUUGGAGGUUACAGUGGCGCUGAAAAAAGUGACAUGAUCAUUUUUCUCACAAUUGUAGCAUCUGCAUGGUCAUGUGUUCAAAAUUUGGCCGCUUGACAACUGGCUCAUAUUGCAGUGUCCCAGGCCCAUGUGAUCACCUUUUGCGACCUUCUGACAAGGUAGCAGUGGUUGGCAAUGUGGAUGCUGGGAAGAGCACUUUGCUGGGGGUUCUUACCCAUGGUGAACUGGACAAUGGACGUGGUUUUGCUCGGCAAAAACUUUUUCGCCACAAGCAUGAGAUUGAGUCAGGCCGUACCAGCAGUGUGGGCAAUGACAUCUUGGGCUUCGACAGCGAAGGCAAUGUUGUGAACAAGCCUGACAGCCAUGGUGGGAGUUUGGAAUGGACCAAGAUUUGUGAGAAAUCAACCAAAGUCAUAACCUUCAUUGACCUGGCGGGGCACGAGAAGUACUUAAAGACUACAGUGUUUGGCAUGACUGGGCAUCUCCCUGAUUUUUGCAUGCUAAUGGUUGGCAGCAAUGCUGGAAUUGUUGGAAUGACCAAGGAGCACCUAGGUCUGGCAUUGGCACUUAAUGUUCCAGUCUUUGUAGUGGUGACCAAGAUUGAUAUGUGUCCGGCUAACAUACUUCAAGAAACUCUGAAGCUCCUGCAACGACUUUUGAAGUCCCCAGGAUGCAGGAAGAUCCCUGUGCUGGUCCAAAGUAAAGAUGAUGUUAUUGUUACAGCCUCCAAUUUCAGCUCUGAAAGGAUGUGCCCAAUCUUCCAGAUUUCCAAUGUUACAGGUGAAAAUUUGGAGUUGCUGAAGAUGUUUCUCAAUCUCCUAUCUCCAAGGACAAGUUACCGGGAGGAAGAACCUGCGGAAUUCCAGAUAGAUGAUACUUAUUCUGUGCCAGGUGUUGGAACAGUGGUGUCUGGGACAACUCUGAGAGGCCUAAUCAAGUUAAAUGACACUUUGCUUCUAGGCCCAGAUCCGCUAGGUAACUUCUUGCCUAUUGCAGUGAAAUCCAUCCAUCGGAAGCGGAUGCCAGUCAAAGAGGUGCGGGGUGGUCAGACUGCUUCCUUUGCUCUGAAAAAGAUUAAACGUUCCUCUAUCAGGAAAGGCAUGGUGAUGGUAUCACCUCGGUUGAAUCCCCAAGCCUCUUGGGAAUUUGAAGCAGAGAUUUUGGUACUCCACCAUCCUACCACUAUCAGUCCACGUUAUCAGGCAAUGGUACAUUGCGGUAGCAUUCGCCAGACAGCCACUAUCCUUAGCAUGGACAAAGACUGCCUACGCACUGGGGACAAAGCCACUGUUCACUUCCGCUUCAUCAAAACUCCUGAGUACUUACACAUAGACCAGCGGCUAGUUUUUCGUGAGGGGCGUACCAAAGCGGUCGGCACUAUCACCAAGUUACUCCAGACCACCAAUAAUUCUCCCAUGAACUCGAAGCCCCAGCAAAUCAAGAUGCAGUCUACAAAAAAAGGACCCUUGACCAAGCGCGAAGAGAGUGGAGCCCAGGUUGGCAUAGCAGUGCUGACUUCCCCUGUGGCAGAGGAUGGAGCCCCAUUGGCAACAGUUGCCUCAGCACCCUCUGGUGCUCAACAACCACAGCCUGCAUUGGAUGAAGAAUCCCACAAUCAAGAGGGAAAUAAGGCAAAGGCUGGUGGUGGUGGACGGAGGCGUGGUGGCCAGCGUCAUAAAGUGAAAUCUCAAGCAGCUAUUGUGACUCCAGCUGGUGGCUGCUGAACAUCUUGUUAGUAAUUGAGAAAUUCACAUCUCCCCCUCCAUUUCUUCAAUUCAAAAACCUGGAGCAGCUUAACCAAAACCCUUUGCAGCUGGUCUUCUACUGUGGAAGAUUUUGGGGACGAGGACUGCGGGGGAGGAAGUUCCAGGGUUUUCCAUUGAAACUAAUGAAGGUGACAAAGAACAAAUGGGACUGACCAGCAGCCACCUUCUCCCUUUUCCCAAAACAUUUUGUACACCUUGAGCUCUUAGUCAUGAUUUUUAUGUUUUUAUUAUGGUGGUUUUGUGUGUGAGUAUGCUUCUGAGCAUGUGCAUUCAGGAGAAUACAGGUAUAGAAAAGAAAGCACCUGUGUCUUCUCCAUUCCCACACUCAUCAUUAGGCUAGCUAACCUGCUCUUUUGCAGUUGGGAAUUUCUGAAACUCCAAACCUUUAAGAGUAAGAAUAGGUGGUAUUUGGCAGGAAGGAGAUAGUAGUUCUUUCCCCAUGUUUCCAAUGGUUUGAAACAGAUACUAGGUCUCUCUCACUGUAAUUUCACCAUGACCUCCCAAACAAGCCUCAUCCCAAAUCUUAGACUUCAAUGAAAUCCUAGAAGUUGUGUGUAUUUGUAAGCUUGUUUGCACACACUUCAUUCUUCUGAAAGGAGAGUUUUGAAAGCAAGAUUUGGAGGCCAAAGAGAAUUAAUUUCAUAUUUAUGUAUAUUAUGUUCGGAACUUAUCUUUUUUUCCUACGGAGCAAAAUGUAGAGGCUCCCGUAUUACUGACUACAUGCUAUAUCUAGGUUUGCACCCAGCUAUGUGGGCACAUUAAUAACAAGACAGCCAGAGUGCAAGGUUGUUUCUGGUUGUUUGCCCAUUUAUUUUCAUGGCUUCCAAACCAAUUUGAAGGCCACAUUUCCUUCCUACCAUGAAUAGAUGCCAUUGUCAGCCUCUACAUAUUCAGCUCCCUUUACAUUACAGAAACAGCUGCCUGUUUAAUUAAUUUACUCAUUUAGAGACCAACUUAGAAACUUGUUCAAACUCUCUAUAUUUUUUCCAGUGGCACUUACAGAGACUACAUAGAGGUGGGCUGAAGUUUAUUGAAUCCACCAUUAAAAUUUAAAGUCAUAUUUGUGAUUUUAUAACUUUAGUAGCUGUGUCUCUUCAAGGCACUCAUUCUAAACUGACAUUUUAACUGCAUCAUGUUUUUAAAAAGGAGAAAGCAUGAAAAAAAUGGUUUGUAGUUAACUGGUUUGUAACUUUGAAUAGCAUUUUCCCUACAAAGUAGUGUUUCUUGGAUUUAUUCCAUCCUAACUAUUUUUGGAAUACCAGCCUUUUUAAAGUUAUAAACAUUGAAGAGAGGUAGAACUACUUAUGCCAUCUUCCCAAAUUCAAUGCACAGUAUAUAUGUUGGAUUACAAUUCUCCAACAAGCAUGGUUAACAGAUAUGCUAUAUGGAAUUGAUGGAAGUUGCAGACCAAUCUAUCUUGAAGAUGCCAGAUUAAGAGAAGUUGCUAUACCUCUCUUGCUUUUUUAACAGAAUGUUCAGCACCUGCAGCAUUAAGGAGCCCUGUGAGAAUAAAUCAGUGUGAGGAUGAUUAAUGCAAGGUAGCAACCUGUGCUAUUGCUUUUUACUCUGUAUUACAUCUGUCUCCUAGAGUUCCAAUUCCAAGGGAAGCAGAGCCCUUAGUCUGGUGUCUUCUUUAUUUCAUUCUUUUGUUCAGAAAGAUGAAUGUACAAUGCUGGAAAGCAUUAAGAAAGUCAGUGUUGUGUUCUCCUUUCUGAGCCGAACAUAAAAACUACUGAGGCUAGUAUGGUGUCAACAUUAAAAAGAACAAUUUGGUAAAAAAAAAAAGCUUGUUCUCUCCAUUUUAAAGGAAAUGGGGUACUACUUCACUAAUCCUGGUUCAUAAAAUGUAAAUUAGGUUAGAUGUAAUUUGUAAAUAUGCUUUAUAUGGCUGAAGUUUCUUCCCUGAAAAGUCUUGAAGGCUAGCUGGUUGUUUUCCUGAACUGGGGAUUUACUAAAAUGCUUCCAGAACCUUGUAGAAAAUCCAAUUGACAAAAAAAGAAACUUGUGCCAUAAGAAAAAUCCUGCUGAAUCAAAUCUGCCUGUGACUUAAGGGGGUGUUCAAAAGCAUGAGCAAAGUCAGGUGUUUACAACCGGUAUUGAGAAAAUGCUGCCUUUCAUUCUGAAGGUAUUAUAGUUCCACUGAAACCAGUAGCUCUAUAGAUUUGACUAGCUUUAAAAAAAAAACCGAUCCAAACCAGUAUCACCAAUCACAUUCAUCUAAUAGAAGCAAAUUCUAUAUGCUUUAUAAAAAAUUACCUUAUCUUGUAUCUCCCCGAGUUUCACACUGAUGCAUGAUAGCCAUGUUCUGGUAUUUUGAGGAAAAAUUUCUACAUAGCUUUUAUAUACAUUUAUCAAAUUUUGAAUGAAAAAAUAGUUUGUAGUCUUUUCAUGCUAGAAUACAGCUUAAUUAUUUUGGGUAUCCUAUUUACAUCCUUCUUAGCACUACAAAAGAGAUGCAAUGACCAGAUUUGUAUGAAGUAUUCCAAGGGCUAUUUAUAACAGCUGUUCAUAAGAAAUGUGCACAAUUAAAAAAUACGUUCAAAGCUGUUGCUAUUUUAAAAACCUCAGAUUGGAAUAGUUACAAUCCUGAUUUUAGUUAAGCCUUGACAUCAAAUGUUUUCUUAAAAUUAAACUACAGUAGUUUAAACAGCAGUAUAAAUUGCUUUUUUAAUUAUGUAACUUUUUCAGCAGAUUGGCUCUUCCUGGGACUCCUUCCCUCAUAGGAGAUUUGUAUUGAUAUGGGUGGAGGGGAUGUCUGUAUGUCCGCAUAUGGUCUGUGAUCUAUUUGACCAAAACCUAUAGAAUCCUUAUGCUUUGAUGAGAAUUUCUACUCCUGUUUUAGUCCUCUCUGACCCCCCAAAAUGUCUUUGUUCAUUAACGACUAGUUUUACCACUUUUAAGAGAAAUCAUUUAUUGAUUUAUCUUGCAUAGGUAUAAAUUACAACAAAAAUAACAGACUGUGCAGCAUUUGUAACCUGUAGACUUAGAUACACUCCUCCCAACCCUAAAUACAAAAAGAUUUCUUAGGAGUUAUUAUUAUUAUUACAACCAUUAAUCUAUGGGGUACCUUCCUAAGGACAAAAAUAAGUGGAAAAGUCAUAUUUUUCAUGCUUUGCUUUUGUAUCCCCUUGAAAAACAUACUGCAUAAAAGCAUUCCUGAUGAUAACCAUUGGAUAUGUACAAUUUGGAAGCUACUAUAUUGCUUCCCAGUCAACAGUCUUAACUAGCCAUCUGUAAUUUAGUACCUUCCAAUGUACAACUCCCAUCGCGGUCUGUGGCUAUGUGAAAAAGAUUACAUCUGAAAGUAGUGAGAGCAGCUACAUGCAAAUGACAGGUGAAGGCAUUGGUACCAUAAAAUUGUAAUACUUUUUCAUAUGCUUAAGUAAGGUCACGGUUGAUUUGAUAUCAAUGGAUUUUCAAUCGCUAGUAUUUUAUAACGUUUAAGUUAAAAGGCUUGGUUAAUAAGUACACAUGUAUAGCUACAUUAUCUGUACCGUGUGGAGGUCUUAAACCAGAGUUAUUGGCUGAAACAAAAUGGUCGCCCAGAAUUAAUAUAAUAAAACUUAAUCUCGGGCCCCAGUGUGCACAGCCCCCAAGUGAUGUAUCUGGACAUGAUGGCAAGCCAUGAAAUUUGACUACAUAUAAUAGGUUAAACAAGUCAAAUAAUUUGACUAAUUGGACAAUAAGAUCAGGUGAGCAAAAAUACCACUAAGUGCUCCUUAAUUAAACCUUUUAGCUUUCGUGCAUCACAAGAAUACAACUGUUAUUUACCUUCACAAUAUCUUUCGCAAUACUGUUUCAUUAUUUCACAAAACCACUGCCAAAAAACCACUAACAAAAAUCCCUGUUCUUAACUGGUCCCUACUUUGGAGAAAUUACAGAAAAGUUAAUGUUACAAUUAAUGUUAAAAAACUAUACAUAAACUACAUGGGAUAACUAAGAACAUGGAGAAUGGGGUGUGCCUUAAAAUUUAUUCCAAGUAGUGGAUUAAUGCAGGCCUAUAAUGUGCCUGAAGGAGCAUAAGGAUUCAGAUGUUGAAACAAUUUUUUGUAAUUAGAAUUUUUAUGGCAAGGAAAACCGCUGUCCUUUUAUCUAUUUUUUUUUUAAGCGCUGGAAGCCUUUACUGUAAUGUUGAAGGAAAAGUAAUCAAUGUAAUGAUUACUAUAGGUCAAAGAACAUGUGACUUAUUACUUGAACCUGGAAAGAUAGGAUAAGAUGCUACCUGAUUCUGGGCACCUGAUAAGGAAAUACUGGAAGAAUGAUCAGCUAGCAAUUCCUUGUUCUUAUUCUUGGUGAAUGAACUGAUGUAACUCAUCUGUCAUUUUUACAGGUACACCCAAGCAAAGAUAUAAAGCACCGGAGGUCUGCACCAUCAUCACAAAUACUAGCUAGAUCUUUCUGUUAGAUGCAGCUAUUAACAUAGUUUAUAGAGCCCAAUAAUGGUAACAAACCUUUGUUAGCUAAAUAUUUCUCAAGCAUUUAAUGUGCUAUGUUAUGAAGCCCCUCCCUUUCCAAAGGUAAGUGGCUGCUGCUGGGUGGGCGAAGGAAUGCGGGAUUGCAAGAUUGGCUGGGAAACUGUCAUAGAAUGUUGAAAAUGAAAGUCAUGUGACUACAGCUCAGCAUAGCCAAUAGCACUUAAGCAGCCAGUUUUCCCAUAUUUCAUCCCCUCAAGACACACAAGUCAAGGAUCUGGACACUUUCUGCAAGUUAGCUUAUUAAAGGUAACUUGGCUCAAAAAUUGUUGCCCUAUGAUUCCCCAAUUUGCCUAGUUAAAUGUCAUGACAAUGAGUUUUAGUAGCAUAUAUAGUUCCUUCAGCUAAAGUGAACUUCCCUAUCUUAAGAGGAGUAUACAUUAAAAUAAUGGUACACUUUGGAGCAUGUUAACUGGGGUUCAUGGAACUGAGGUUGCUAAGGAUUCAAAAGUUCAGAUCAGAAAAGUGGAAUAUGAGCAAUAGCAAGAUCCCAGUACCUAUUCCAUUUAGGUAGACUUUAUAGAGGAAUUGGCUUGGCCAAUAGGAGAAAAAAAUGCUAGUGUUUGUGAACUUUUCUUCUGGACUCAGUAAACUGUUCAAUCAUAAACCAUCUUCAUACUACUUAUAUCUGAUGUAAGUCCUGAUAUGUUCUUGGUGCUGCUUCUUCUAAGAACCUUGACACAAAUGUGGAGGCGACACUUUUUUGGCCAUGUUUCAAUGAAGCCAACACAUUAAGUGGGACUUCUCACAGUUAUCAAAGUAAGGAUACUGGCAACAGUAGGAUCAGUGGAAAACAUUUUCUGCUAAGUGAACCUCAGCCACUGUUUAUAGAGAAUUCAAAUAGGUAAGUCAGAAGGAAGGAAGAGGGAGACUCCCCCACGUAUGCUAUGUAUGAAUUAUAGGGUUUGAGUGGUAAAAUUAGUUCAUUAUUACUGCUUUACAUACCUUCAGGCUGAAUGUGAUCAUUUACCCCAAUCCUAUAAUUCUAUAAUUAUAAUUCAAAAUACUAAAAAGGCAGUAGAACUGAGACGAGUCUGGCAUGAAGUGGAAAUAGGAUUAGGUAUUUUGAACUACAGUAUAUUCAGUGUUGUCUCAACAUCAAUAUAGAACUCAACUAAGCUCAGACUGAAUUUACAAAUUUCAUUUUUAACAGGCUUGAUUUUCGUAUUUAUACAAUUCUGCCUCACUUUUUAUAAAGAUUUUUUUUUUGAAUAGUACUGAAGAUUUUGUCUUGUGUUAAUAGUAGCUGCUAUAAUCAGAUUGUGAAGUAGCAGCAAGGACAAAUCUGGCUCUAAAGUAGAACAAAGUGCAUCAUUAAAGAUUGCACCAAACAGUUUCUUAAUUUGCUUUGUCCCUUCUACAUUUACAAAUAAUGGGUAUUUUAAGACUUUUCAAGAUUAUUUUCUUUUAGUGUCUGGAAACUGUAGCCCAUUUCACUACAGUAGUCUUAGUACACAAAUAGCCAAUAUAUAAUUGGUUUUAAUAAGCAAGUUUGUUUUUUAAAUCAGUCCCCCCACCAUCUGGUUGGAUUACCAUUUCUUAAUUUCCAUAUAAUUCUAUCUGUAGUUGUCUGACUGGAAUUGUAAGAGUUGUAGCUCAGCACUCCUAUUGUCAGCAGAAUAGGGACGGCUACAUUACAGUGGCUGAAAAGCUCCAAUUCCCAUUAGAUGUUUUGAUUCUUUAAAAAGAGAAAGGAAAAAUAAAUAGAUAAACAUCGUGAGUGCUACAGCAGGAGAGUUAAAUUAGUUGUCAUAGAUGGUAUCAUAAGAACUGAUUGUUAUACUGUAUGGCCCAUGGUCAUGCCACUAUUUCCCAUUUGGAAUAGUAAUGAGAAUUGCAAAAGGAAAAAAAUAUUUUCCCAUGAAAAUGUUACGUUAUUUGUAGAGAGCUCAGGCAAUUUCUUUAUCAUAGUCUUGAAUGUUCUUGCUGUAUAAAUGGAGCUGUAGAUAGUGGAGACAGAAGAGAGUUGGUACCAUAGGGAGAAACCAAAUUUGGAUGCAUAAUUCUUUUUUUUUUGUCCCAGCUAGUUCUAAUAAAAAAAAGCACAAAUACUUGCUUUUCUUACAAGUAACCAUAAUGAAACAUGAGGGGGAAAGAGCUCAACCCCCUGCCCCUGAUCAGUUGGGAAUUGUAAAUGCUUCUUAGGAGAAACUGAAAAAUAAGCAGCCUAUGAACCUCAUGUUACCCUUCCCAUUUUGCAGCCCAUUGCUCUUUAGAAUAGCCUUGAAAAAAUUCUGAGUACAAUUUUGAGAAAGGACUCAAGGCGAAUGACUUUAAAAAGGGCUCUAAGAAACCUAGUGCAUCAUUUAAAAAAAUACAGCACUCCCCAGAAAAAAUGAGAAGAGGAAUUUUGAUUUUGCCCAGCCUAGUAACAUCACUGUCUACACAUUGCUGCAAUUUUUACAGGUGGAAAAAUAUUCACUUUUACAAAGUGUAAUUUGUAGGAGGCAAAAUAUUGUCAUCUCAGGAGCAAAUGGCUUCUGACUUUUGAAUAAUCAGCCAAGACGGCAUUUCCCUCACAACUUUCUUUUAGGCUUCUGUUUGCCACUAAUGGGAAGAUUUCCCUUUGAUGUGAUUUGCCAGAGUGGUACUAACUUCUUCAGCUUUGUUUCUUGCUUCUUCAUAAACAGCUCUAACCACAUCAGAAGAGAGUAGGCCGAGUAAUCUCUCUGUUGGUCCAUUGCCUCCGCUUAGUUAAAGAAGUGUCGGUGAAUAAAAAGGAUGUUACCAUCUGUCUGCAUUACUCCCACUUCCUCCAUACGCAUGAACUUUAAAGAAAAAUGUUAUACACAGAAAAAGCUGCUUGUACUAUUUUAUUCUCUUCUCUCUUGGAGUGUGGUACAAAAUCCACCCUAAAAGUGCUAAUGUUUGGAGAACAUCCAAACAAUUGUUUUAUUAAUUCCAAAGCUAGCAGGUUACAGUGAGUCAUUGGUCUCUUGCAAAGAGCAGGAACUGUAACAUUAUAUAAAUCUUAUGUAGAAUGUUGUUCUAAUACUGAGCAUGGGGCUACCUAGCAGAAAGCCCAAAUACAAAAUAAUGGCUUUACAAUUAAUAGGGAAACAAGAUAAUAAAAAAGCAACCACCCAGGUUUAUUACUGUUUAUGAAAUGUGAAAUCAUUAAAGAUGCAUUCCUAGAAAGAAAUACUGUGUAGUAUUUUUGGUAUAUGAGUUGAGCCAAGGUUUUGGUUGUCAUCCUAACAGGCAACCCUGCAUUCACAGCCAGAAAUAAGGAGGCACAACAGCUUAUAUCCUUGUGUUCUGGCCCCACUCAAGGCCUGAAUAAUAUCUUAAGCACUGGGAGACACACAUUGCCACAGUUUAAGUCAUUAAAGCAUGUUACAUGAAGUCUACAGGAAAGGGCAUUAAAUAAAUGCAAUAUGCUGUACUAUACACAUAUAAGUAAUCAUGAACAUGGUUAUAAACUGAUUCAAUCCAAGUUCUUAUUUCAAUUUACGACUAGAGCAAACUGCAUGCUUUUUUAAAUUCUCUGCAAAGCAAGGUUUUUGGAUAGUUCUAGUUUCCUCCUGUAUUCAAUAUGUCAUAAACACCUCACGGACUAGUUCUUGAGCUCCUAGCUAUAAUAUAGAGCAGUGUUUCCUAAAUUGGGGUCUUCUGGAUGAACUGGAACAGCAUCUCUCCUGGCCAUGCUUGUUGGGAAUUUUGGUCUCAACAUAUUUGGAGGGACCCAGCUGGAAAAUUUGCUGUAAAGUGUUGGUGGACAGGGAAACAGCCUCAUUUGCCCAACCUGUUGCAAUUGUUCUGUUCCGUAAAUGAAGUUGCAUGUCGCUAUAUGGAAAAAACCCCUCCCCCAAUAUGCAUUUUGGUGAACUGACAGACAAUACAACUUUGGAAUUAAGACAAAAUACAAAGUAGACUAGGAAAAUAUUGCUUUUCCCUAUCUUAACUCUUUCCCAUUCAAUUCUACUCUUAGGAUGUGGAUUCUAUUAAAUGGUAGGAAUUUAUGAGUGCUAUUUUUAAAUAACAGCCGUUAUGCAUGUGUAUAAAUGCGUAUUCAUUUUCACGUUCUUCAUCUAACCAUGUACUGUCUUAUCAAUAUGCCAUUUCUUGAUUUUUCUCCUGCAGUCAAACCCCGAGAAGGAAACCAAGUAGUGUGAAACGUCUGUCUCCUAUACCUAGCCUUCGAUUCUGCUCCUCACACUAACUUCUACUACAGUGAGUCUGUCAUUAAUAAGUCUUAUCUAACUGACGACAGAGGAUUUUUCUCUUAAAACUAAUGUGGCCUUUGAUGAGCCAUUGGAAAGCAGUUCUUGUUCUGUAGCUUGCAUGUUCUAAAAUAUAUGGAGGGCACUUGCUUGAGAGAAUUUAAUAUAAGCUGCAAAGCAACAAAUUGGGAACUCAUAGCCCUUCAGAUGUUUUUGAACUAGGUUCUGGCUGACUUUGCAGCGGGACAGUUGUGACUAGCAGGAGCUCCGUGAGGCCCAGUCAAUUUCUGCCUGCCUGGAGCUCCCAUGGGGCCAAUGUCACCCUGUAGGGGUGACGAAGAAUGGAAGGAUCCUCUGUAGAUUGCAAAGGACUGCAACCCCCUUGCUAGAUCCAGAAAGAACUUCCUGACCCGCAGAGAAGACGACGGCCAUUACGGCUGAACCAAAGCUGUGACAGUUGGAAUAAAGAAAGACUUCCCCUCCCUCCCUUUUAAAAUUGGAAUAGAUGGUUCUUCUAGAAUAAAAACCAGAUUAAUAAAGAAAAUAGAAGAGUGUGGAGAAAUUGCAGGACUGAAAAUAAAGAAAAAACUAAAAGACUAGUAAAAAACCUUAUUGAUAAACAGAAAAAUAAACUGACAGGGAAGAUAGAUCUUCAG